UGUUAUGAAAGUGCUGCAGGCUGGAGCAGGAAGGGCAGGGUCCACAGGGUAUCCACAGGAUACAUUGGGAUAUGAUGGAGCGACAGCGGAUUUGCACCAAACUGUCAAAGUUUUUCGGCCUCCCAGCAUGCAACGGGCCCGUCCAUAUAUCCCCGCCUCCUGGCUCAGGCAAAUCAGUUUUUUGUUUGGUGCGGCAGAAUCCGGACCAUGGUCAAAGGGCUGCUGGUUUUUAGCAGUCAUAAGCUUUUUUAUUUUAUUUUUAUAGUCUUACUAUUUUUUCUGAGUGAUCUUUCUAAACAGCGUCUUAUACGUAUCUUAGAAAGAGUCGCUCCAACAACUCCCCGCCGGGUUGCGACAAUGCUUACCACGAGUACAGUGCUGUUUCGACGGGCGUCUGUGUCGAAUGAACUAGCAAGUCCAGCAGACAUUACCAGACUGUGGCCGGAGCACAGGGAGAAGGAGCUUGACUUGACUUAUCAACUUAUCAACUUGACUUACCGUCUGCAGAUAAGAAAGCGGAGAUGAGGAAGUACAAUAAAUGUUACAAUCUAUUCAUAUUCCAAAGUUUGUGGGUGUGAUGUAACUAGACCAGAACUACAGUACAGGAACUUCAUGGCAUCGCCCUGUUGUGUAGAACCCAGGCCUGCAUCAUGGUUAAACUAUUUUUUUCUUUACGAUGGGUCAAAGGUAAAAGGGGAAGGUGACCCUACGAGGAUAGGAAUUAACUAUUUUUAUCCUCCUCAGACACUUCUAGACCAACAGGAGUUACUGUGUGGCCAAAUUGCUGGUGUUGUCCGCUGUAUUACUGAAAUCUCCAGCUCUCCUCCCAAUCUUAUCCGAUUACGCAAACUGAAAUUUGCAAUCCAGGUGCAUGGGGAGUAUUUGUGGGCGCUUGGAUGCUCGGUGGAUGUUGCUGAUGUCAGUUGCAAAUGUUUUUUGGAAGAUUUGAUUGGCCUUUUCCGGUUUUAUAAUGGACCAUUGUGGCAUGCUUACCGGGUUCGUUCCCAGUUGGAGCUGAGCGAGGAAUGGAACACUUAUAUAGAGCACAUACAGAACACCUCUGACCUGCACAGGAUCUUCAACACACUCAGUCAUGUGGACAAAACCAAAGUAGAUCCACUUCUCUUGCUGAAGGCAGCUCUCAUUUUGCAAACCUGUCAGCGCUUCCCUCAUGUACUUGCUGGCUGCAUUAUGUACAAAAACCGGAUAGUGAGUACACAGCUCCCCCCUCCCCUCACUUCCAGGGUUCUCAUUCAGAGGCUUGUACAAUCUCCACCAUCAAUGAGCAUCGAUCAAGGCCAUGAUGCUUUGUUACCUCAGGAUGUCUACUUGAUUCCAGUAUUUGUAAUGGAGAAGGAGGCAACUGCACUGCGCCAAUAUCCCGUUCAGUGGAUGACCAGAAUACCAAGUUCCUCAAGGAGAAGUUCAAGCAUUUCUCACAGCCUCAGCGAGGAAGCCCAGGUUAAUCAAUCUGGCAUCUUGGAGAAGGAGUCCUUGGAUAAAGAAAAAAGCAAUAUGCCAUCUUCUCCAUUAACGAAGGUGGUAGUUUCAGAGGAGCCGUCUAUGGCCGAUGCCAUAGCAGAACAUGACAGUGGUGCUUCAGAGACUGGGUUCCUCAGUACCAUGACACACACUCCCAUGCAAAGCUCCUCUCCAUUAAAAUGUGUGAAUACUUCUGAUACGGAUUGCGAAGCUGAUCAAGGUACUGUAAAAGAGGUCAGCUCUGACAGUAUAGCUGCUGACAAUUCAUUUGUAAUGGCUUCUGAAGGCCAAAAAGGGCUGCUUGGAUUAGAAAAGGAUUUUAUGAUGAGAAGUAAAAGCAUGUCCACUGGAAGUUUUGUAACCUGUUGUUCUACAGAUAAAUUUGGGCCAAACAAUCUCGAGCAAUCUGUCUUGUCCAAUAUGGAGGGAAGCCAUGUUUCAUUGGACAACUUGUCGACAGUAAAUCAAGACGAUUCGGUAACCAUGGAAGGCUUUUCUCCAGGAGACCAUCAGACAUGCCUAGUUAAGACUACUGAGAGUAGUAUGGAGAUGUUGGACAUUACAGAAGGUGAAACACAAAUCAACAUAAAAGAUAAUAGACCUUUAGAAGGGAUUACACCAUUGUCCGAAGGCACAGACACUACAUCUUCUAGUAUAACAGACUGGACAUUAACACUGAACUCCAAUCCAUCAAUCAGCAGCAAAAAACUGGUGCAAAUGAUUUUAUAUAUCCAUAACGUCAAAGGGUUAGUACUAACCCUAAUAGCGGAAAGUGAUUUCAAAUACAUCAAGGAAUCCGUCCAAGAUGUGUAUGACAGCACGCUGGCUUCUCUCAAUGGCUUAGAAGUUCAUCUGAAAGAAACUGUAACCCUGGAAAGCAGUAAUUUAACAAAGAGCACCUACAACUUCACCCACUGCGACUCUGUUCAGAACAUCCUCACUGCCAAUCUCCCAACUGCUUCAAAUACAUUUGAUCGUCAUUUCCUCCGAGCUGCCAGUGUCAUCCAUUCUGACUUUAGUCUAUACCCAUCUCUGCAGGAGGUGACCGUAAGAAAUGCUUCUACCUCUGUCUAUGGAUGCCAGAGCACUGUCCAUGAGACCUUCUUCCAGCAACUAUCUCCUCCAUUCAAGAACUCUGGAGCCCCAGACCCACAGGACACUGCCUUCAUCCUUCACAGCAAAGCCAAGCAGAAGCUACUGAAACAUGGUCUCAACCUGCUGUGAUAUUUCCCCUGGCAACAUAUAUACACAGUGAGAUCCACAUAUAGGACUAUGUGCAACCACACCUCAUAUAUAUACUGUACACCGUCCAGUGUGGUUUAUGGAGCACGGAUAUUGUCAUACAUUGGUUCUCUACCCUAAAGUCUCCUCAUAUUGAUAACCUUAUUCCUGCCUGAAAUAUUCAAGAUAAUGCUUCACAAAUGACAGUAAUUAUUAAACCCAAUAAAUGCAUUGUUGGUUAGUAA